AGUCGUUUGUUUUCGUCAACUCAAUCACGCUUACCAAUACCUGAGUGCAAAUUAACAGUCGCAAGAAACAUGUAGGCUAAACAAAUACUUAAUUUCGUUCUUGUAUUAUUAAUCGAAUGGUGAAUUAAGGUGGCCAUGAUUAUUGAUAAAGAACACCGACUUUGCUUUUGCAGGACCUGUUUCGCGUUUCCAUUUAUAUUGUUCAUUCUUGUACCUCACACGAUAUCUCUCGGAAGCUGCAGUAGUUUUACGUUCUCCAUAUGUUGGAAGAUAAGCAACAAUUCCUUGUUUGGCAGUUGGCCAGAAGGACAUUUAUUGUUGAACAACACCAAAUUGAAAUCCAUUUGGAGAGAGGACACAUUUUCAUCUUUGACAGUUGCCACUACUGUGGAACACAAAUUGACACUUCAAUAUGGUGUCAUGGUUCGGAAGUGGAUAUUCUCCAUCUUCCCAGGUUCACAUUCCAUUGAGUUCAGAAGUAUACAUAAACCUGACCAACAGCCCAUCAAUAGCACUCUGGAAGCCCUGGAGUUGUUCUCCACCAAUGAGGUGUUUGCGUGUGAAAACAGCGCUCUGUACCUUUAUCAGGACCCAGACUUCAUCCUCAUGCUCGGUCACACCAUGCGCUAUCCCUUGACGCUGGAGUCCAGGAGUACCUCCAUGUUACUGGUGUCCUGGAAAGAGAAGAUGCAGCCCCUGGCUGCCCCUGUCCCCAUCCACUCUGUGUCCCUAUACCACUCUGAGAUGAAGGCCUACGCUGCCCUUAGUGUGGACAGUACCCAUUCCAACCACUACCGCUUCACAGCCCUGGAGUCCUGCAGUUCUUAUGCUGCCUGUGUGGAGAUGGCAGGCAGCCACUCGCUUACCUGUCUCUCCACUAUCACAGACCCAGAAGUCCCCAGACAUUUCCAGGUGACGUUGUGGAACAGCAGCAGUGUCACGGUGUCCUGGGACUGUCCCGACAACCGCAAGUUCUCCUUCUUCCUUGUCACGGUCCUCUACCUCAAUGGCACCAACCAUGUCCUGGAGGAGAGGUCCUUCAGGCACACACUGGACACCUUUGUGUUCUCUCAGUCUGACCUGCCGCCCUGUAGCAGGGUGAAGUUUGGCCUGCAGACGGUGUGCCAGGCGGGCACGGAGGCUCGCCACAGCAGAAUGGUCUUAAUCAACGGGAAUACUGUCCACUCAGAAAUUGAGAACCUGUGGCAGACCUCCUCGGGCCGGACAACUACACCCUGAGCUGGGUGGUGAGGAAAACUUCUUCUAUCUCCAUGUUCAGGAUCUACCACCAGGGGCGCUCCACUACACCACCUGCUCACCAGCCACACGGUGGCCAGCCUGCUGCCCUGCCGCCAGUACUCGGCUAGAGUAGAGCGCUGUGCGGAGACAGCUGGUCAUGAGCUCCAAGACCGUACGCGCUCGCACAGGACCCAGAGGUGUAUCAGAACUGCGCUACCGUCCUGAGGACUCUACGCGCGCUGUGAUUGGUGGGACCGGACAGGGCGUGGCCUUUCAGUACCAGCUGUCUUAUGACAACGGCUCGACCAUCCAGCAAGCCGGCUGAUGGAUCCUUUGCUCCGCCUCCCGGGGCUCAUUGAGGGAGCGCACUAUGCCCUGGACGUGUGGGAAGAGUGUGAUGGCGAGUGGAGCGCCGACACGGCCCUGGUGUGUUUCGAUGGAGUCAACGUUUCCGUCAAUGCCCUCGUGCUGCCGGUGGCGUCCACCCUGAGGCGAAUGAAGACCUAGCCUUCGUUGUGCCUUGGUUAAUGGUGUUGGACCCAAAGACUGAGCCCUGGGCUGAGCUGAAGCGCAUCUACGAAAAACUACUGGAGGAGCUUUUGAAAGAGUACCCGAUUAAGACCAGGGUGGAGUUGGUUGCAUUCAAGGAGCUGGAAGGCGAAUCCAAAACUAAGAUUACCUUUCAAGGCUUUGACGCUUCCAUAACCGAUGCAGACUUACCGCUACCACCUGGCGAGCAGCUGCACCAUAUCCAGUCCCUCCAGCCACCCAAUAUCACAGUCAAGGAUGGGAUCAUCUACUGGGAUGACCCAGAUGAGUGUGCGACCCCUGACCUGAAAGGUGUGACGCCAACUCUUUGUGCGUCAACACUCUGAACUCCUACACCUGUGUGUGUCAACAUGGCUUCUAUGACGUCGGCCUGCCUUCGUUCCCCCUCCUGCCUCACAUCCUGUCUGUUAUGAAAAGGGUAUGUUCACCCAGUGCCUGAAUAGAUCGAUGGCCGGAGGUAUCGCCAAAGCCUUCCUGAUUGGCUACUUCGGUGGCGACGUAACGGU